AUGACUAUGGUGAUGUCUGCCUUUUCAGGCCGGAGCUCCAUGCUUGGCAGCAGCAUGGGUGGCGGCAUGGGUGUCGGCAUGGGCCGAGCAUCCAUGGGAGGUGGCAUGAGCUCAUUCAGUGUGGCUGGAGGAUCAGGAGGCCUGAGGGUCUCCAGCGCUGGAAGGAGCUUUGCUGCAGGCGGCGGUGGCGGCAGCAGCUUCGGCUUCGGCUUCGGUGGAGGAGCAGGUGCAGGUUUCGGUGGAGGUGCAGGUUUUGGUGCAGGUGGAGGUGCAGGUUUCGGUGCAGCAGCAGACGACAGCGUCAUCGGCAAUGAGAAGUUCACCAUGCAAAAUCUGAACGACCGUCUGGCCACCUACCUGGCCAAAGUUGCUGCCCUGGAGAAGGCCAACGCUGAGCUGGAGCUGAAAAUCAGGCAGUUUGUGGAGAGCAAGGUCGGACCCACCACCAAGGACUACAGCAGCUUCUUUGGCAUCUUCGCAGAGCUGCAGGGAAAGAUCCUGGACGCCAUCCUGGCCAAAGGAACAGUCAUGCUGAGCAUUGAUAACGCCAAGCUGGCUCAGGACGACUUCAGAGUCAAGUUUGAGAACGAGCUGUCCAUGCGUCAGUCAGUGGAGGCCGACAUCGCCGGGCUGAAGAUGCUGCUGGGAGAGCUGGGCGUCGCCAAGACUGACCUGAGCAUGCAGAUCGAGAUGCUGAAGGAUGAGAAGGUGUCCAUGCAGAAGAAUCACUCAGAGGACCUGGUGGCCAUGCGCUCCCAGAUGAGCGGGCAGGUGAACGUGGAGGUUGAUGCCGCCCCUCAGGAAGAUCUUUCCAAGGUGAUGGCGGAAAUCAGAGAGCAUUACGAGGCAGUCCAAGCCAAGACGCAGAGAGAGCUCGAUACGUGGUUCCAGGCCAAGUCAGAGGCAAUCACUCAAGAAGUGGCAACCCAAGAGAUUACGCUAAAAUCAUCCACAUCAGAGGUGAAGGAGGUGAAGAGUCAGAGUCAGUCUCUGGAGAUCGAGCUCCAGUCACAGCUCAGCAUGAAAGCGUCACUUGAAGCCACACUGUCCGAAAUCACAAGCCGCUAUGGUAUGCAGAUGAGCUCCUACCAGAUGCAGGUGACCAGUAUGGAGGACCAGCUGGUGAGUCUGAGAGCUGACCUGGAGCGUCAGGGACAGGAGUACCAGAUGCUGCUGGACAUCAAGACCAGACUGGAGAUGGAGAUCGCUGAGUACAGAAGGCUGCUGGAAGGAGAGGGAGUCGGGUGA